UUUGCUGAACGCUGCUUUGUUUUGGAGAUUCAAGCUUCAACAAUGGUAGCUCAAGCUGUGUCAGUUAGUGCGAGUGCUAUCUUCACUAUUGCUUCUCGCGGGAGAAGUCCUUCUCACCUCGUAUUUUCUCACAGAAACCCGUGCUCGAUUGCUUCUUCCUUUCCUGGCCCAUAUGGAGAUUCGUCAAAAGUUGGGUUAUCUAGUAAAAGCCCUCUCUUUCCUUUAAAUCUUGAUGAGAAAAAUACCUAUGAUGCUAGUACAAGUUAUGGUGCAAUUGAAGCCAGGAAGGGGAAUCCACCAAUAACACCAGCAGUGAUGACACCUGGAGGACCUCUUGAUCUCUCAACUGUUUUGUUCAGGAAUCGUAUAAUAUUCAUAGGACAGCCAAUUAACGCACAAGUGGCUCAGAGAGUUAUAUCGCAGCUUGUGACUCUAGCUACUAUUGAUGCAGAUGCAGAUAUACUGGUAUAUAUAAAUUGCCCUGGUGGAAGCACAUAUUCAGUGUUGGCGAUUUAUGAUUGCAUGUCUUGGAUAAAGCCCAAGGUUGGUACGGUAUGUUUCGGAGUAGCUGCAAGCCAAGGAGCACUUCUCCUUGCCGGUGGGGAGAAGGGAAUGCGCUAUGCAAUGCCAAAUGCUCGCAUAAUGAUACAUCAACCACAGAGUGGAUGCGGGGGUCAUGUUGAGGAUGUGAGACGCCAAGUGAAUGAAGCUGUUCAAUCUCGCCAUAAAAUUGACAAGAUGUAUAGUGCUUUCACCGGACAGCCAUUAGAGAAGGUGCAACAGUACACAGAGAGGGACCGUUUUCUGUCUGUUUCGGAGGCUUUGGAGUUUGGCCUUAUUGAUGGUGUCCUGGAAACAGAGUAUUGAAUGCAGAUAAUUUGCAGGAUAUUUUUAUUUCUAUAAAGUUGAAAGUGUUAAUUCUUAUCAAACUGAUAUUGUAGAAUUUCACUAAUUGAUGAUGUUUUGCAAAUGUUGAGAAUGGUUUUUCCAUUUCAGUGCUUCAUAAUUUUGCAAUUAU